AUGUCGGGAAUCUUGUUUGAAGAUAUGUUUGUGGUCGAGUCGACUGACUCGGGCCGUUACAACAAGGUUUCGAGAAUAACAGGUCAUUCUUCCACUUCGCAGGAUAUCAAGAUCUCGUUGGAUAUCAACAGUGAAUUGUUUCCUGUGAAAGCAAACGACUCCUUGACCAUUACCUUGGCUUCUUCUUUGGGAAAUGAGUCCUCCAUGUUGACCUCCAACGGUUCCUGGAGACCUCCCAAGCCAGAUGACAGGUCUUUGGCCGAUGACUACGACUACGUAAUGUACGGAACUGUCUACAAGUUUGAGGAAAAUGCUGACAACGACAAGAUGUCCGUGUAUGUUUCUUUUGGCGGUUUGUUGAUGCGUUUGGAAGGUGGCUACCGUUCGUUAUCCAACUUGAAACAGGAAAACGCUUACAUUCUUAUUCGUCAAUAUAAGGACAACUGAGCUGUUGGUUUGAUAACCAGUUUGAACAAAAACGAUUCAGAAGUGAUUUAAAUUUUAUAAAACGUCACGGCUAGGAGUUAACCUGAUUAUUCAAAUUUGUUCGCCUUCUAUUCAUUCAAAAAGUUCCAUAAUCUCAAUAUGGUUCUGUUUCUGAUUCUGUUCAGCUCACGUUUCUUACGCAUCUGUGCCAUCAAGACUUGUCUUAUGCAUAAUCGGCUAGAUUCGAUGCUUUGGCAUCUAAAACUCAUCUGUGUACUAUAAUAUUAUAAUUAACGUUUCUAGAGAAUUGU